AUGGUGAGUAUACUUGAUGUCAAGGUCAAAGACGUCCCGCACUUUCUGGCCUACAAUGUGGUCAAGGAGCGCGUGUCUGUUCUCCAUGUUGUUUCUCUUCUCCUACAAAGCGCGCUCGAGAGCUUGAAAGGGGCAGCCUUUUACGUUUUCCUCUUGUGGAAGACAUACGAAGUAAUCGAAUAUGUGGACACGCAGAGGGCUCUGGAAUUUAGGAACGAAAUUCACACAUCAGUCAUGCUGGCAUGGAUGAAAUACAUUCCCCGAUACAAUUUCAAAACUUGCAAGCUCCAUACAAAGGAUCUCAAAUUCGAUGAACGAAAAAUAGUGGCACGCAUUGACCCGCCUGCGCUGUGCGCCGUCCUUGCCGACUUCGCUGCGAUGGGUUUCAUCCCAGUUGAAGAGUUCGAAGCUUGCGGGAUCUAUAUAGCGCAACAACACUCAAAUACCGAUCACCUUGGGUGGUUAAAGAUAAUGGCCGAGCGUGGGCCCUGUAUCGACACGGGUUUCCCACUUCUCUGUGUUUCGGUUCUCCGGUGUAGGCGGCAUGAGCUUGGUUACACAAAAAAUGCUCUGAAAGAGGAAUCCCUCAUUGAAUUUUUCUUCGGACUUAUGAAGACGGCUCUCACUCUUACACCCGAAACGACAAUUGACCCUCUCAUAGGAAAGGUCAUAAUUUAUCGGGCGGGGCUGUGGAACUCAGAUAGUUACGACCUCGAAGAACGUGCAAUGACGCUGCUUACUGCUGGUGGUAUGCGAUACUUGAGGAUUCGGGAUCGGCCGUAUGAGCCGACGAGCCUCCUCGAACCUUCAAGGGAUGCUCUGUCCAAGCAGAGGUCGGCGAUAGUUGGGAUAGAGCAAUAG